GCUCUAGGUCACGUGGGGCUUUUUCUUUAAAAAGACUCCGCCCUGAAACAGCAGCGGCACCAUUUUGUUUCAUCUUGCAUUACAGUCGACGGUUGAGAGGAUAAAAAGAAAAGAAAAUAAAUAAGAAAGAAUAGAUCUGCAAUCUUCCUGCGCAAAUUAAACUAAAACUGUCGACAUGAGUGGAUGUCGUAUCUUCAUCGGCCGCCUAAGCCCGUCGGCCCGAGAGAAGGAUGUGGAGAGGUUUUUUAAAGGAUACGGCCGCAUUCGGGACAUUGACCUAAAGAGAGGCUUCGGCUUCGUGGAGUUUGAUGAUCCUAGAGAUGCUGAAGAUGCUGUGUAUGAACUCGAUGGCAAAGAGUUGUGUAAUGAAAGGGUCACCAUUGAGCAUGCUCGUGUGCGUCUGCGGGGGGGCCGCGGGCGAGGAGGCGGCAGCGGCGGAGGACGUUUCUCUGACCGCUACGGUAGAGGUUCCCAAAACAGUCGGAGCCGAAACCCUCCUCCGAUGCGCACUGAGAACCGUCUGAUUGUGGAAAACUUGUCCUCCCGCGUCAGCUGGCAGGACCUGAAGGAUUUCAUGAGACAAGCUGGAGAGGUGACAUUCGCAGACGCACAUCGGCCAAAACUCAACGAAGGGGUGGUUGAGUUUGCCUCUCAUAGUGAUCUAAAAAAUGCCCUUGAAAAACUGUCUGGAAAGGAAAUCAAUGGAAGGAAAAUCAAACUUAUUGAAGCUUCCAAAAAGAGGUCAAGAAGCCGUUCCCGUUCGGACAGCUCGUCUCGCUCGCGCUCCCGUUCCCGCGGCCGUUCCCAGUCCCGCUCGCCUAGACGUUCCCGGAGCCCCGCCAAGGCCCAUCACCGCUCCCGCUCCCGCAGCGGCACGCCGGCGCGCGGCGCCUCCUCGCCCAGCCCCAAAUCAAAGGACCCCAAACGCUCGUCCAAAAACAGCAAAUCAGUAACGCCGUCCUCGCCGCCGCCGGCUCAGAGGUCAUCCAGAUCCCGCUCACGUUCAAGAUCCCGCUCACGCUCCCGUUCUCGCUCCAGAUCCCCACGAUCCCGCUCUCCUUCUACUGACAGUCAACGCUAAACUGGUUUAAAA